AUGCGGACUUUCGAGAGGACGCAGGGCCUCUUCGUGUGGGCCCUGGGUGCCGUGGCCUGGGUGCUCGCCGCGGCGCUUGUCGUACGCGUGGUGCGCGGCGUGGCCGAGUGGCUGCGCAUGUGCUGGUACCUGCGCGACGUGCCCAGGCCGAAGCCGCAGAAGUCGUUCACGCUGCUUCUCGACCUGUACAAACAGAUGUCGGCCAUGGACCCCAAUCUGGACACGAAAGUCAAGGCAUUCAAGUACCUGGCGAACUUGUUCAAGUCCGUUGAAGACCAGGACGUGACAGUUGCCUUCUACGGCCCGUACGCCUUUCUUCUCGGCUCCACGCCGCAAGUCGUUGAGGCUAUCUUGGGAGACACGAAGAACGUGAACAAGGCCUUCUUCUACAACAUGAUGAAGCCAUGGAUUGGCGGAGGUAUACUGACGCUGGGGGACGAAUCAUGGAAAGCACGUCGGAGGGCAGUAACGCCUGCCUUCCACUUUCGCAUCCUCGACGAUUACAUACCCAUCAUGAACAAGAGAGGCGAGAGGCUCAUGCACAAGGUGGCCUCCAUGAACGGAGAAUAUUUCAACGUCCUCCCCAUUGUUCGUGCCGCUGCAUUCGGAGUGCUCUUUGAAACAUCGAUGGGUAUUGAUUACGAUGAAGAUGACAUCGAACGUACCGGAUACCUUAGAAUUCACGACGCAAUCUCGGACACCAUGGUGAACCGCGUCAUCAACUUCCACCAUUGGUUCGAUACCAUCUAUGCAUUCAGCAAAGAGCACAAACAGAUGCUAAAAUACGUGGAAGAGGCAAAGGAGUUUGUCAAUAACAUCCUGCAGAAGAGGGUAGCCGACUACCGAAAAGGCAUCAGAGAUCCUGUUUCGAAGAAUUCUUUCCUCGAAAUUCUUCUCCGAAUGUGCCUUGACGAGGGCACAAUGACAGAAAUUGACCUCCGAGACGAGCUGCUGUCUACUCUAAUUGGGGGCUUCGACACGACGGCGACAAGCCUCGCUUACGCACUCUACCUUCUCGGUCAUCAUCCGGAAAUUCAAGCUAAGGUUCAGGAGGAGAUCGACACAGUCUGCGGAGACGACUGGGACAAACCCCUUACCGCGGAGGAACUGAAGAAUCUCACCUACAUGGAGUGUGUGCUUAAGGAGGCCAUGAGGCUUUAUCCCCCAGGGUCUAUUAUAGGUCGCACCGUCGCAAGGGAUCUGAAAAUUGGAAAGUACACCAUUCCUCGCGGAACCGUGGCAGUCGUGGCUCUCUACUUCCUUCAGAGACACCCGAGGUACAUUAAGGACCCGAAUAGCUUCAAACCCGAGAGGUUCAUGGACUCGAAAAGCAUGCACACCUACGGGUUCGCCCCUUUCUCUGCAGGACCACGAAACUGCCUUGGUCAAAAGUUCGCACUGAGAGAAGAAAAAGUCCUGCUGACGCACAUGAUACGUCGUUUCAAUGUCACCUCGAAAGUCCCCAUCGACGAGCUUGAACUGUCCAUGGAACUUAUACUCAAGCCCAUUCAAGGCCUUGAAAUCAAAUUAACACCUAGGAAGCACCCUUCGUUGAACUGAAAUCGACGAAGCAUAACACCAGUCACUCGGCCGUGCCAUAUAAUGAACAUUUGUAUAGUAUUCAUCAUCAUCCGUCAUUGAAACGUUGCCUCUAUAUGCA